AUGUCGAACUUUGGAGCUUCUCAAUUGGUGCCCAGAAACGAACUGAAAUGCCCAUCCAAUAAUGAAUACAAUGGCCAGGACGGAUUACGGCUAGUGUCGGUAUUUCUAAUAUUAAUUGCUUCCGGAAUAGGAGCAUACUUUCCGAUGUUCGCAUCAUCGUAUUCCUCGAUAAAUCUACCUGAAAGCUGCUUUUUCUUCGCAAAGUAUUUUGGGUCAGGUGUGAUAAUUGCUACAGGUUUCGUUCAUUUGCUACAACCAGCAACAGAAUCUCUGGGCAACCCUUGUCUGGGUGACUUUUUCACUGAAUUCCCUUGGGCAUUUGCAAUUUUACAAGGGGCCAUUUUUUUACUCUUUAUUUUCGAUAUUGUGAGCCAUUCAUAUGAAGUGCCAAACUAUUCACAAGUGGAAGCCUCAGAAAACAUGCCACAAUGUGAACGACAAGAAAAUUCAUACUACUACCACGUGAACGCUAAGCAUACUCCCACAGGAUAUAUACAAGAAUAUGGAGCUACGACACCUAUGGUUCCGGUACACUCCCUUGAAAGACAGGAUUACAAAGCACAAAUCUUGUCACUUUUCAUUUUAGAGUUCGGACUAAUAUUUCAUUCUGUUUUCAUUGGACUCUCUUUGGCUGUUGCAGGCGAUGAUCUUAAAACUCUGUUGGCGGUCUUAGUAUUUCACCAACUCUUUGAAGGGAUGGGACUAGGCGUCCGCAUAGCUGAAAUAAAGUGGUCCAAGAAUAAACAGACAACGCCGUGGCUUCUUGCGUUCGCUUUUACAGUUACGACACCUCUAUCCAUCAUUGCUGGGUUUUUUCUCAGAGAUAGCUUCUCACUAGGCUCAAAAGGAGCUUUGAUUACAAGCGGUGUAGUUGAUGCGUUCUCUGCUGGAAUUCUAAUCUAUACUGGGUUGGUAGAAUUGUUGGCCAAUGAAUUUUUAUAUUCCGAUACAUUUGUGGGAGAGAAUAAGUUCAAAGACAUGUUAAAUGGAAGUUUUAUCAUGAUAUUGGGCUCAAUCUUGAUGACACUGUUAGGGAAAUGGGCAUGA